UUUCCAAAUCCCUAACCUCUGUGCUCCGCUUGCUGAGUGCUGCCUCGUCGAGUCGUCGCCGGACCAGUCACCAGAGACCAGUCGUCCAGUCCUCCACAUUGCCUGCUGCCGGCGGCCCUGCUCCAAGCGACGAACGGACCGUCACCAGAGACCAAUUGUCCAGUUCUCAUCGACGCACCACAGCUCCGGUCUCCUCCCGGACCUCUCCUGUGGACGAAGCUAAGCUUAACAGUUUCGUGAAGGUUUAAGGACAUCUUUCAACAAGUCUAUGAAGCUUAAUGGAAAUGAAAGCUUAAUGGUACGAACAUGGUCUCAUUGAUGAUGAUAUCAUUCAUAUGGUUGCUUAUGCAUUGAAAAGUGAUGGUGGUUAUGUAUGGGUAUGCAAGAACUAUGAUGGGGAUGUGCAGAGUGAUUUCUUAGCUCAAGUUGUUUAAAUGGGUAAUGUACAUGAACGUCGGAAAUGGAUGUAUAACCGAUUGUUACCCGGAAAAAGGGGUUACACUGAUGAGUUUUUAGCGGGUGUUGAGGAGUUUAUAAAUUAUGCAAGCACACUUCCUGUAUACAAGGCUUCAAUGCAGAUAAGGUGUCCAUGUAGUAAGUGUAAGAAUAGAGUACACUUGUCUGCAGAUGAUGUUCGUGUUCAUUUGUAUAGGAAGGGUUUUGAACCAAAUUAUUGGGUUUGGACGUGUCACGAUGAGCUUGACCCCUCAAUACAAAGACAUAUGAAUGAGGGCCCGAGUGAAAACAAUCGGUAUGAACAAAUGGUUUUUGAUGUAUCUGGUCCAUCAUCUUUGCCAUUAAAUGCCGAUAACGACCAAGAUGAAGAGCCACAUAGUAGUGCAAGAAACUUUUAUGAUUUGUUAAAUGUUGCGAGACAACCUUUAUCAAAGAAUGUUGGUGAGGAAACAGAAUUGUCAUAUGCAUUGAUGAUGAUGAAUAUCAAGACAACUUUUAAUAUACCACAGCUAGCAAUGGAUCAGAUAUUUCAAUAUAAUAAGCGUAUAAUGGGUCCUGAUAAUCGAGUACCUACUCGGUAUUGUGAUGCCAAAAAGUUACUUACAAAACUUGGUCUUGGACAUGAGAAGAUUGAUUGUUGUAUAAACAGUUGCAUGUUGUAUUAUAAGUCUGAAAUCAAUGAUAGACACUGUAAGUUUUGUGGUGAGCCAAGAUUUAAAUCGCGCCCACCUGGAUUUGCUCGUGCAAAAGAGGUGCCACGCAAAAGCAUGCAUUACAUUCCUCUCAUCCCUAGAUUGCAACGUUUGUAUGCAUCACAUAGCUCUGCUUCACAUAUGCGGUGGCAUUAUGAAAAUCGCCGUGAACCUGAUAUUAUGUGUCAUCCUUCAGAUGGGGAAGCAUGGAAGCACUUUGAUAGUAGGUUUCCUGAUUUCGCAGCAGAUCCUCGAAAUGUGAGAUUAGGCUUAUGUUCUAUUGGAUUUUCUCCUUUUGGUUUUGCAAAGUCGUACUCUUGUUGGCCUGUUAUGGUUGUUCCGUAUAAUCUCCCACCUUCAAUGUGUAUGACUACACCAUACACAUUCUUAACUUGUAUUAUUCCUGGGAAGAAGAAUCCAAAAGCCAAUAUUGAUGUCUAUCUGCAGCCUUUAAUUGAUGAACUUCAAUUGUUAUGGGAAACAGGUGUCUUAACUUAUGAUGCGUCACUUAAACAAAAUUUUAUGAUGCGAGCUGCGUUAAUGUGGACCAUCAAUGACUUUCUUGCUUAUGGUAUGUUAUCUGGAUGGCAGACAACUGGGAAACUAGCAUGUCCUUAUUGUUUUCAGUAUUCUAAAUCAUUUUACUUGAAGAAUAGUCAUAAAACAUGUUGGUUUGAUUGUCACCGUCAAUUCCUUCCAAUGGAUCACUCAUGGAGGAAGAAUCGAGAUGCUUUCAUCAAACGACGGGUAGAGAAAUCAAGACCUCCACCGAUUUGGACAGGGGAUGAGUUGUUUUGUAGUUUGAAAAAUAUCCCAAGGAUUAUUGAUGGCCCAAUUGAUCGCAUUGAUGGGUUUGGACAAUCACAUAAUUGGGAAAAAAAGAGUAUAUUUUGGGAUUUGCCAUAUUGGAAGGACAACUUGCUACGUCAUAAUCUUGAUGUGAUGCAUAUAGAGAAAAAUGUGUUUGACAACAUCUUCUACACAGUUAUGGAUGUCAAAGGCACAACUAAAAACAAAGACACGCCUAAUGCACGUCUCAAUAUGAAGGACGUUUGUAAUAGGCCACAACUUGAGUUGGUAGAACAGAAUGGACGUUUUCUUAUGCCCAAAGCGAGCUACAGUUUGAAUUGUACUAAUCAAUUGGCUGUUUAUGAGUGGUUACGAACUUUGAAGUUACCUGAUGGGUUUUCUUCUAAUUUGGCUACAUGUGUUGAUUCCGCAUCUUCUAAAUUAAUUGGGAUGGAAAGUAAUGAUUGUCAUAUUUUUAUGCAGUUUCUUUUACCUGUAGCCUUCAUGUUUUUACCAAGCUGUUACUGGAAGCCUUUGACUGAGUUAAGUUCGUUUUUCCAAAAUCUUUGCUCUACAUCUCUACGUGUAGACAAAAUAUGUGAAAUGGAAAACUCGAUUGUUUUAACAUUGUGUAAGUUAGAACGUUUUUUCCCUCCAGCACUAUUUGACUGCAUGGAACACUUGCCUGUCCAUCUUCCCUAUGAAGCACGUUUAGGUGGCCCAGUACAAUAUCGUUGGAUGUAUCCAUUUGAAACAUUUCUCAAUCAGUUGAAGUCCAAAAUGAAAAAUAAGAGAUAUGUUGAAGGUUCAAUGGCUGAUGCAUAUAUGCUUGAAGAGUCAACACACUUUGCAUCAUUUUAUUUUGAUGAUCAUGUGCAGAGUAGAACAAGGGUAGGUCGGAACCUAAAUGAUGACGGCAUUAAUCCCAACUUGCCAAUUACUCUGUCAAUAUUUAAUCGACCAGGUCGAUCGAUGGGCAGGAGAAAGUCAAGAUAUUUAAGUGCAGAAGAACAUUUCUUAGCUCAUCAAUAUGUCUUACUUAAUUGUGAGGAGGUUCAACCUAUUUUAAGGUUGUAUGAAAAAGGUUUGCGGCGUUGCAAUCCUGGUUGUACUGAUCAAGAUGUAGAGGAUGAAGUCGAAAGGAGUUUUGCACAUUGGUUUAAAGAAUACGUAUAUAACUCAAAGAAUAAUGUGAGUAACCAAUCACUCAUUGAUUUGGCAUCUGGGCCGUUAAUGGAGGUAAGCACAUACACUGGAUAUGUUGUUAAUGGUUUCAAGUUUCAGACUGAAGCACAUUGCCGUAUAAAGUCGACUUCUAACUUUGGAGUGUCUAUUAAGGGAACUGGUUUAGUUGAAUCAAAUUGUUUUGGCACGUUGCAAGAGGUUGUUGAGGUUGAGUACCCAAAUGUCCCAAUUAAAAAGGUAGUUCUCUUUAAGUGUGAGUGGUUUGAUCCAACACCGAAUGUUGGGUCGCGAUUGAAUUCUGAAUAUGGUAUCACUGAGGUCCAUUGCAAUAAACGAUAUGAGAAGUAUGAUCCUUUUAUCAUUGCACAAAGUGCAUGUCAGGUGUGUUAUAUUCCAUACCCACGAGGAAUAAAGGAAAAAAUGAAUUGGUGGGUAGUGUUGAAUGUACGACCUAAAGGAACUAUUGACAGCGGGUAUAGCUCUAGUUAUACAUAUCAACAACAGAACAUACCGUUGCUUACAUAUGGGGAUAGUCAAAGUAUUGAAGAUGACAUGCAAGACUUAGUGCACAAACCCUUACAAAUGAAUGAAGUGGAAUUAAAUCAAAGCGGAAAUCAAGGUUCCGAAGAACGUGUCCAAACUGAAGAUUUUGAAAAAGAUGAUAGUGAAGAGAUUGAAGAGGAUAAUGACAAUUAUAUAGAAGAUGAUAGUGGAGAUUCUGAUGACAAAGAUUCUACACCGUUAGAGGAUGAUGAUAAUGAGCAAUCCGAAGAUGACGAGGGUGAACUUUAAUUUUUAGAUUUGAAUUUGAAUUUAUUUUAAUGUUUAUUUUAAUUUGUGAUUUAUAUGUAUUUUCAUUUGCCUAAAAACUUUUGAAGUGAUUUAUAUGUAUUUUCAUUUGCCUAAAAAUGUGUGUACUUUAUAAGUUAAUUUAUUUUUGUUAACAGUA